AUGCCCCUAACUAAUGAAGUUGCGUCAUCCUCCACUAGUGGUAAGAUGUCAGUGAAAGAGGCCCUAUGUAUUGUGUCGAAAGUGUUCGAAGGGAACAAGAAAGACUUAAGGGAAUUUAUCGAAAACGUAGAUGCAGCUUUUGAAUUAGUAAAGCCAGAGGAACACGAAACGUUAUUAAAGUUCGUUAAGGCAAAAAUAACCGGUGAAGCUAGGUCGAGAUUGCAGGUGCGUGAACGCACAGGUACGUGGCAAGAGGUGAAACGCGUUUUGGAAGAGAAUUAUGCCAGUAAGCGUACUAUAGACUAUUACGCUUGUAAAAUUUUUCAAGCCAGACAAGGACAAGGGGAACCAAUAGCAAUGUGGGCAAGCAGAAUUGAUGAAAUGCAGAGAGACUUUCGAGAAGCAGUAAAUAGAGUUACGGCCCGAGAAAACUUGAAAGGUGCAAUAGAACUAGUUGACUCCCUAGGAAGAGCGUGUUUUAUACAGGGUUUAAGUAAUGACAGAAUACAGACAAUAGUGAGAAGCAGAGGCGACGAAAUCACGUUGGCAGCAGCAGUGGAAUUGGCACUGCAGGAAGAGAGUGCGAUAUUGUCUAUGAGAGAGCGGGGACUAGCCCCGAGGGUAACGUACACUCGAAAUAAGGAAGCUGUAAAAAGCGCGAGAGAAAGUAAAGAGUUGAAAUGUUUUAAUUGUGGGCUGAGAGGUCACAUAGCGAGCAAGUGUAGGAAAAGCAGGCCAGAGCAUAGAAUGUCAGGGAAUUCAGAGGGAAUCACAGAGAAACCGAUGGAGGGUUACGAGAGUGGAGAUGUCCACAGUGUAAUUUACCGGGGAACUGCGGAGUUCCGUGUACGAGAGUAA